AAGCGGGCAGAGCGCGAGAGCUGAGCUCUGAAGUUAGAAUGUUUUUUGCUUUCAGUGUGUUUUCUAACUACAAGAUCGAAGCCAAAGGCAAACAAGUGCUUCAGGUCCGUUGUUCAUUGUAAAGCGUCUGUUAACGCUGUCUAUUUGUUUGCGACCACUGUACUCUAAAUAUUCUGGAGUGUGCCUGUCGCGAUUUAACGGAGAGUGAACAGCAAUGAGCAGUCCUGAUGCGGGGUAUGCCAGUGACGAUCAGACGCAAGGAAGGUGCUCCAUGUCAAUCCUGAUGCCUGGUAUUGGACAUUGUCAGUGGACUGACCCUUUGAGUCCUCUCGGGGAAGCCAAAAUGAAAACUGAAACGUGUUCUGGCACCCCCGGAAGCCAAAAUAGGAGCAAGAGUGAACCUCGAAUUAGAAGACCAAUGAACGCCUUUAUGGUUUGGGCAAAGGACGAGCGCAAACGCCUGGCGCAGCAGAACCCCGAUCUGCACAACGCCGAACUUAGCAAAAUGUUAGGCAAGUCAUGGAAAGCCUUACCGGUAAGCGAAAAGCGCCCGUUCGUUGAGGAGGCAGAGAGGCUGAGGGUGCAGCACAUGCAGGAUCACCCGAACUACAAAUACAGGCCACGCAGGAGGAAACAAGUGAAGCGCAUCAAGAGGCUGGAGCCCGGAUACUUGGUGCACGGCGUGUCCGAUCAGUCCGGAGCGCCAACCGGCACUGAGCCCCGCGUGUGCGUGGACAGUAUCGGGGUGAACUACCACGACCCCUGCUAUCAGGGUCAACUGACGCACUACAGAGAGGCGCAGGCCAUGGGCGCCCAUUUCGACUCUUAUAGCUUGCCAACCCCAGACACCUCGCCUCUGGACAUAGUUGAGAACGACCCGGUGUUUUUUCCCUCCCAUUCUCAAGAAGACUGCCAUAUGAUGUCUUACAGCUACCACCCGCAGACAACAGACUAUGCACCUCAAGAGCAACAUGCCAACUCGCUACUGCGCAGACACCUGUCGACGAUGGAACAGGGCAUGAUGGGCUGUCACGGCUCCCUUGCCAUGUACUAUAAUCAGCUCAUUGUGCCCGGCCAUUCCAAAGCCCAGCACGGACACCAUGCCGGACAGUUGUCCCCACCCCCGGAGACACAGCAGCACCACGGGAACAUCGAUGCUCUACAUCCACCUGACUUGCUGGGAGACGUAGACCGCAGUGAGUUUGAGCAGUACCUGAAUUCGGCAGCCCGGCCUGAUCUCGCCUACAGUGGACAGGAGGUUGGAGCGCCCGGACCGGACAAUGGUCUCAUUUCAUCUGUGCUUUCCGAUGCCAGCACCGCCGUGUAUUACUGCAAUUACAGUAACGCGCAGUGUUAAGGCAGCGCGGAGACGAGAGACGCCGUUCGGGGCUGGCAGGGAGCGGAGGUGCGCGACUACUAGAUGUCGAAAUUUCAAAUCUUCUGUAUCGGAGGGCUGCAUGCUAAUCGCAUUUUAUUCGGUCUUUAGUAGACCAGCUACAGGACAGACUGUGUAGAACCAAAGCGACGAAAAGAAAAUGCAAUACCUCAUUUUUUAAAAAGAAACUGUUGAUGUCAAAUGUUACGAUAUAUACUGUAUGACCAUGGGGCAUUUCUAAGUUUUACACAAUGUACAUAGUUUUGUAAGGAUGUUUUUGUACUUUUGCACUUUUUCAAAAUUAAUAAAAAAAUAUAUAAA